AUGGAACUUUUACCAGAGGGCCAGAAAAACACCACUGAGGUAACCUGGCAAGACCAGCAAAAAAUCAACUCUUUCUCAACACUGAUAUCAAAGAAGGACGCGCUGAGUGCAACUCUUGAUGAACACAAACAAGAGAAAGAAUACCUUGACGAUUUAGCAUUAGAGAUUGAACUUGUCGACGAAGAUGAGAAACUCAAUUAUAAGAUUGGCGAUUCUUUUGUUUUGAUGAAACAAUCAGAGAUCGUGGAGAGAUUGGAGAAUGAUCAAGAAUUGCUCGAUUCAAAAAUCGGCGAGCUGGAAAGCCAGAUUGAGGACAUCGAUCAGGAACUUAAUAAUCUGAAAAAGCUGCUUUAUGCUAAAUUUGGCAACGCUAUUAAUCUCGAAAGAUAGGUACCGGCUUGUACAAAGCCGCUAUUAAUACACAUAUCGCUCUACUCAAUUCCUUUCUGACUCUUUAUGAGAGCCACUUCGCCGCUGAGCUUAUCAGUCUGCUUCUUUAGAUCAAUCAAUGUAGCAAUGCUUUGAAGUAACUGAUCGAACUUCGAACAAACGUUUGCUGUUGGUAGAGUGGGCUUCAUGGAGAUUUGCAAUUCGUUCAAAACCUCCGCCACCUUAGCCUGCACUGCUGGCUUAAAACUCGACAGUUUCUGUGAACGGAUGUAAACGCCUGGUUGUAACUUCUCAUCGUGAAACCUCAAUCCAUACACCUCCAUUUCUUCGGCCGUGAGUUUAGAUUGUAAAAGCUGCCAAACCUCAGACUGCGCCUGCUGCUGUGAAAUCUCCUGUUUGCCUCCAUACAGCUUCUGUGACAAAGAUGACUUUUUGCCCUGGCGUUGUCUCAUCAAAUGCUGUUGUUGCGCUUGCUGUAUUUGUUGCGUGUGAGGAAUAGCAUUUGGACCCAAUUGAGGAGGAACGGGGACUUCUGGUUUCCGUUUCUUCGACUUGUCCACAGUCAUAAGAGAGUUGUAAAGCUGGGUGAGACCAGACGAGGUGGUAUAUUGUUCAAUUGAGGCGGAAGAUUGGGGAGAGUCAAGAAGUUGCAGCAAUUGUGCUCUUUCCAUGAGCAUCUUUUUCGCAGCCAGCUCGAACUUCCGAGCUUCGAUGACCAAUGAUUCCUCCUCGGCAAUCUCCGUUGGAGCUCUAUGAAUCAACCGGUCUAAAUACUGUUUUCUUUCUAGUUCCUGUUUUUUGUCAAACGAUUCUAGUCCUUUGAUCAAAGCAACAUCUCUUGUGCCAUCAGGGUUGGAGUUCAAAAGCUUCGCCGAUACAGAAUACAGUCGUUCUUUCAAAUCUUCGAGGCUUCUUUGCUUGUUGUUGUAAAAUUCGUAUCUGUCGUAUAUCACCGCCCACCUCAAAUCAUAAUCCCUAGCCAAAUCAAAUAAAAACUUGGUUUCCUCGAAAUCCCAGUCUUCGCUCAUAUCCUUUAGCUUCUCAUCGUAUUCUUCCUUGCUGAACGAUGGAAUAUCAAGGGAGGUGUUGUAUUUUGCAAAAUUGUAUGAUCUUUGCUCGUCUGAUGGUGCGACGGGUCCCUUAACCCAGUGAUGAAGCUCGAGAUCGUCUGAUCUAGCCUCAUUUUUAAAAGGUGCCCAAACCCACGGACUUGCUUUUCCUGAGUUGAUUUUGUCUUUGAACUUGAAGCCUUUUUCAACAGCAACAGGAGGCAAAUUGGAACCAAUAAGAUUAUACAGCUCUCUGCUCAUGGCAUGCUUCUUCUUUUUGGAUUGUGACCCAAAGUCAUUUUCUGAACGGGCGCGCUUCUUUGGCUGCACGCGAGCCUCUUCCUUGAUGUUGAAGACGUCCAGGAUGUCC